AUGGAUGAGCGCACGCCUCUCAUUACGACGGUCUACGUAACUCGGCGACCGCCUAGAUAUCCACACACGACACUGAAGCGUUUCUGCUCCAUCGCCCUAGCUGGCAGUCUUAUAGCCAUUGCCAUCUGCUUUCUUCUUCCAGGCGCCAUACUACCCCGUGGCCAAGACCCUGUCUCCUCCUAUCUUCCUUGGUCCCGCCCUUUUCCUCGCUCAUGGCCGCAAAGCGCCGGUAUCACCUUCGAAGAACUUGUUGAGCUACUACUAGAGACCCCCGAUGAGGACAAGGCACGUUCAUGGAGUGAGUACUAUACGUCGGGUCCUCAUCUUGCAGGCAAGAAUUUGAGCCAGGCUCUGUGGACAAGAGAGAGAUGGGAAGAGUUUGGCGUCAAGUCGGAUAUUGUCGCCUACGACGUAUUCAUCAAUUAUCCGAGUGAUCAUCGGCUGGCUUUGUUAGACGGGCACAAGGUCAAGUAUGAAUGCAGCUUGGAGGAAGACAUCAUUGAGGAGGAUCCAUCAACUUCAUUGAAAGAUCGCAUACCCACAUUCCAUGGCUACUCCGCCAGUGGCAAUGUUACCGCCCCCUAUGUGUAUGUCAAUUUCGGCACAUACCAAGACUUUGAAGAUCUACAAGCUGCGAAUAUCACCUUGGAAGGCAAGAUAGCCCUGGCCAAGUACGGCCGCAUAUUCCGUGGGCUCAAAGUCAAAAGGGCACAAGAGUUGGGCAUGCUUGGCGUUGUCAUGUACUCUGAUCCGCAGGAGGACGGCGACAUUACCGAGGAGAAUGGAUACAAGACGUACCCAGAUGGACCAGCUAGAAAUCCAAGCAGCGUGCAAAGGGGCAUCGCAGGUACACUCCCCGGUGACCCAACAACGCCUGGUUAUCCCUCCAAACCCGGUGUACCUCGUGUUGAUCCCCAUGGCUCCACUCCUCGCAUCCCCUCGCUCCCCAUCUCUUAUGCCGAUGCCCUCCCUCUCCUUAAAGCUCUGAACGGGCAUGGACCGAACGCAAGUUCGUUUGAAAAGUCCUGGCAGGGCGGAGGUCUGGCUUACAAGGGUGUUGAAUACAACAUCGGCCCGUCACCAGACUCCGUGGUCCUCAACUUGGUGAAUGAGCAGGAAUAUGUUACAACGCCGCUGUGGAACGUUAUCGGUAUAAUCAAUGGCACAGCGCAGGAUGAGGUAAUUGUUGUUGGAAAUCAUCGAGAUGCUUGGAUUGCAGGAGGUGCAGGAGACCCUAAUUCCGGCUCAGCAGCUUUGAACGAAGUUAUUCGGUCCUUCGGAGAAGCGCUCAAGGCUGGAUGGAAGCCGCUCCGAACAAUUGUCUUUGCGAGCUGGGACGGCGAAGAGUAUGGUCUCAUUGGAUCGACGGAGUGGGUUGAGGAAUACCUUCCGUGGCUUUCCAGCAGCACAGUCGCCUAUCUCAAUGUCGAUGUGGGCGCACGCGGAACGCACUUCGAAGCUGCUGCGUCUCCAUUGUUGAACAAGGUCUUGUACGCGGUAACCAAUUCGGUGCCUUCACCAAACCAGACCACUAAAGGGCAGUCAGUCGGCGAUGUGUGGGAAGGUCAUAUACGCACAAUGGGAUCCGGCAGUGACUUCACGGCUUUCCAGGACUUUGCCGGCAUCCCUUCGCUUGAUUUUGGGUUUGGAAAUGGAGCGAAAGACGCCGUCUACCACUAUCACUCAAACUAUGAUUCUUUCCAUUGGAUGGACGUUUAUGGAGACAAUGGAUGGCACUACCAUGUGACUGUGGCCAAGAUAUUAGCGUUGAUCAUCGCGCAGUUGAGCGAGACUCCUGUCUUGUUCUUGAGCGCGCAAGACUAUGCCAAAGGUCUCGGUGUCUAUUUAGACGACGUCAAAGCGAGAUCCAAAACGCACUUGGCAGGGUCGAGCUUCAGCUUCCAGGCACUUGACAAUGCUACAGCGGAAUUCUGCAAGGCUGCCACGAAAUUCGAUGAAUAUACCGCUGACUUGACCAAAAAGCUCGCGGAGGACGUGCCAUGGUGGGAUUGGUGGAAGAAAGUGAGGCUUUUCUACGAAGUGCGCAAUGCAAACGAGAAGUACAAAACAUUGGAGCGUCAGUUUCUUUUCCCUGGCGGCCUAGACAACAGGUCUUGGUUCAAGCACGUUGUCUUUGCCCCUGGCCGGUGGACUGGUUACGCGGGAGCUACCUAUCCAGGCCUUGUUGAGAGUUUCGAAGACAAGAACAUGACAAAUGCCAGGAGAUGGAGUUUGAUCAUCGAAGAAAGGCUAGAAGCGGCCGCAAAGCUUUUGGGAUAG